UGAAACCCGCCGCUCAAAAAACCCUCUGUCAAUUGAAACCAGCCUGUCUUCACUGUCGCAUCGAAUCCUCCCCGCAGCAGCGAGCAAGCGCAUCGCUUCAUAAUCGAGUAAGACGACUAUACUCUCUUCGAUCACCCUCUUCCACUUCUGUCGCAUCGUUUUCAGCCGAUUGAGAGAAGCUUUCGUUGGGGAUUUUUUGGGGGAGUUUAGGUGUUUGCCAAUUGUAAGACGAUUUUGUGGGGGAUUUGGUUGAUUUUGAUAAAUGGAAUCCCUACAUGUGCUCUUGCAUGCGUAACUCAGAGAUAGGAAAUUUAGUUUCUGGAUUCAAUUGCAACCUAAGGGUUUUUUGGGGUUUAUCGUUUCGUUAAGACGAUUGUAAUGAUCUAAGAACACUAUUCUCUGAGUUAUCAGUAGUUCUUUGAUUUCUGUAAGCUGCGUAGGGAUGCUGAGUUAUCUGGUUUGUGUUUUGUGGACGUUGUUGUAAGCUGUCGGUUUCUACUUUGUGGAUCUUGUUGUUAUGGUUCUGGUAUGCUUGGUUCUGUUCACUGUGUCGACCCUGUUAGAGAAGGUUUGAUGGCUUCGGUGUUGUGAUUGCUUUGCUAUUGCUAUUUCGACAUCCUUAGGGGAACAUUUGAGAUUUAUUCUCAUAUUUUCAUUUUGCAAGUGCUUGCUCAAGUGAAGUUAUAAGGUCAACCUGCAUUUUGUGAUCCAAGAAUCAUACCAAGUAAUAGGUUAGCCUAAUUUUUGCACACAGAAUAAAUGGAUAGGGGUUGGUUGAAGCACAAGAAUCGAUUUUCUGCUAAUUAUGUGAAGGGUUUUGAGUACUUUCUAGGGGUUGCCAAAGCAUGUGCUGAUGGUAGUGGUAGAAUUAGGUGUCUGUGCAAAAAAUGCAACAAUUGUUGUUUUAAAACAAUAGAUAUUGUGAAAGCUGACUUGUUCCUCAAUGGGAUGGUAGAGGAUUACAGUUUGUUGAUAUAUCAUGGAGAGGACUCUGAUAUUGGUGGUAGCGGGACAACUGAUAAUUUAGAGGACACUGGUCAUAAUGAUAUGCAUGGUUUUGACAUUGAAAUGCCUUCUAUGUUGAAUGAUUUGAGCCGAGCUAAUGCUGCUAGGUUUGGUACAUUAGGUUUUGAAUCUAUGAAUAAGGGUUUUGGGGGAGUGAAUCUGGAUCCAGCCUUAGCUAAACUACUAAAAGAUGCUAACUCUCCUCUUUAUCCUGGGUGUAAGAAAUUUUCAAAGUUAUCCUUCAUUAUGAAAAUAAAGAAUAACAAAAUGUUAACCAAUAGUAGCGACAAAGCAUUUAAGCUCAAUUUGGAUCUAAUCAAGGAAGCUUUACCAAAUGGAGAGAAUCUCCCUAAUUCGUAUUAUGAGAUGAAGAGGUAAAUUCAUGACCUCGGGUUUGGUUAUACCAUUAUAGAUGCAUGUCCUAACAACUGUGUCUUAUUCCGAGGUCCUUUCCAGAAUGAAAAGACGUGUCUCAAGUGUAAGAAAUCUAGGUAUAAACCAGGAAAAGGGAAGGAUAUUCCCAUUAAAACAACUAGGUAUUUCCCUAUAAAGGAUAGGCUACUUAGGCUGUUCAUGACAAAGGACAUUUCCAAGGACAUGAGGUGGCACAAAGAAAAAUGAAUUAAUGACGAUGUGCUUAGGCAUCCAACGGAUGCAGAAACAUGGAAUUUUUUUGAUAGGGACCAUAGUUGGUUUGCUGCCGAUCCUAGAAAUGUGCGGCUUGCACUUCUUAGUGAUGGUUUUAACCCAUUUGGGAACUUCAGUUCUAGUUAUAGCAUGUGGCCGGUUGUGUUAACCCCUUACAAUUUACCUCCAUGGUUAUGUAUGAAGGAGUCUUUUCUGUUUCUAAGUGUGCUAAUACCUGGAAAGAAAUCUCCAGGUGAUAACAUUCAUGUGUAUUUAGAACCAGUAAUAGAAGCUUUACAAGAAUUAUGGACGGAUGGGGUGACAGCUUAUGAUGCAUAUUCUCAACAAACUUUUCAAUUACAUGCUGCCUUGUUAUGGACCAUAAAUGAUUUUCCUGCUUAUGGAAUGUUGUGUGGUUGGGGUACUAACGGAAAACUAGCACGUCCUGUUUGCAAUAUUGAGACAGACUCCCUUCGUUUGAAAUUUGGUUUCAGGAUGCUUAUGCGUCCAUUAUCUCUCGAUGUGUCACCAGUGAUGGGAAAUCUAUUUCUGGAAUGAAAAGCCACGACCAUCAUGUCUUCUUACAAUGACUCUUACCAGCUGUGGGACAAGGGUUGUUGAAGAAAGAGGUCUUUGUAAUUCUGUCAGAGUUAAGUCUAUUUUUUCAAGAUUUGUGUGCUAAAACCAUAACAAAGGCUACACUGAAAAAGACGCAAACGAACAUAGUUCUCGUACUUUGUAAGCUUGAGAUGGUAUAUCCAUCAUCUUUCUUUGUCGUCAUGAUGCAUCUAGCCAUUCAUCUACCCCGUGAACUCGAGCUUGGUGGCCGGUUCAGUAUAGGUGGAUGUAUCCCAUGGAAAGGUACUUAAUUAGUACUAAGUAGUUCUCGUUUGAUUCAGUUUUCUAUUUGAACUGAUAUAGAUGAAAAAAAAUUAUGGUUUUCUGUCUUGGCAUAUUUAUAGGUUUUUAGGCUCUCUGAAAAAUCUUGUUAGAAAUAGAGCUCGUCCCGAGGGGUCCAUUGCUGAAAAUAUGUAGCAAAGGAAUGUAAAGAUUUUUGCGGUAGAUACUUACAUGGGGUUGAGACACGAACAACCCGUCUGGAGAGAAACGAUGAAGGGUGUCAAGUAAUGGAUUCUACUUGUAUUUCUAUUUUUGCACACAAGACUAAACAAUUAGGAGGGGCAACUUAUGUGACUCUAGCCCCAUCUGACUUCAAUAAGAUUGAAAGAUACAUAUCGAACAACUAUGAAGAGGUUGAAAAGUAUUUCAAGUGGAAAAAACAAUCUUAAAGUACAUGUUUAAUUAUAAGACAAAACAAAUAAAUUCUGACUUUGCAGCUUGGUGCAGUAUCUUUUCAGAGGAGAGCAUGGCCAAAACUCCUAAUAUUAGUUUUCAUACCAUUGAAGAAAACUUUCCAAAAUGGUUGAAAUCAUAUGUAAGAUCUGCUUCCAUCUUUAUAGGAGAUAGAUUCCUCAUGUUUCUGUAUACUUUGAAAACUCCUAAUAUUAACUUGCGUGUUGGUUUGUGUUAUGGUAUAGGUCACGAGACUGUUCUUGGUUGGAGAACUUGGAAAAAAUGAUUCUCUUUAUAGUCUAGGUCUUGGUCCAGAUGUGAGAUUGACUUUUAUGGUGUGCUGGUGGAUAUUUUAAAGUCGCAGUAUUGCUAUGGCUGCCAUGUCUUUGUCUUCAAAUGUGAUUGGUGGGAUGUAGGAGAUAAUAGAAACGACAUAAGGUCAGAUCGCUUUGUGACUAGUGUCAAUAUAGGACGAAAAUGGUAUGAACAUGAUCCAUAUAUAUUAGCUAGUCAGGCCAAUCAGGUAUUUUACACUGAAGAUAUGAAAAAUGGUUGGAAUUGGCGUAUAGUUCAAAAAGUGUCUCAUAGGCAUGUGUAUGAUGUUCCUGAGAUGGAAUCAGAUGAUAGCACAGAUCCGGUAUAUGAUGAUGAUCCAUUCCAACUAGAUGAAGGCAUCGACAUAGCUCCAGUUGAAUCGGAUGAUGGAGACAUCCAACUUUUAAGUUUGCCGGAUGAGGCCCCAAUUACUCUAAGCCAAGUCCAGAUUUUACAUAUGGAAAACUUGCUCCAAAGAGACAAUCUAAUCCCACCAGCAUUGGACUUGGAUGUAAGUGGAGAUUCUGAAGAGGAGAUGGAGGAGGAAGACGAGGAGGAAGACGAGGAUGAUGAGGGGAAUGAGGCAGAGGAUGACAUGGAAGAGGACGAGGACGAGGAAGGGAAGGAGGCAGAGGAUGACAUGGAAGAUGAUAACUAAGUCCAGUUUUGAAAUAUAUAAGUCACAUUUCU